AAAACACUAAAAAAAAACCCUGUAACGGCUGCAAGUUAAGAUUUGUCUGAUAGAUUCUGCACAUUGAUUGAUUUGAGUGGUAUUAGCGUGUUUGACGUCAGAAAGUGCAAAUAAAUUACCCCAUAAAAAGAGGGAACCUGUCUGCGGUGGGGGGAGAAACCCCCCCUCCAACAGAAACAGAAAAGGUCUGGGAGCACAGCACAGCACAGCCCGAGAGGUCCAGUGAGCGCCACAGCUUCUUCAGUCACUCCAGUCACACUUUGACACGCAGAGAGCGCCCGGAGAAGAAUAUGCCCCUUUCAAGCAGCUCCACGUCCUCCGCCAAGAGCAUCCGCAGAGCGGCGUCCGAGCUGGAGAGGUCCGACUCCAUCACGUCUCCGAGAUUCCUCGGGCGGCGGCAGAGCCUGAUCGAGGACGCGCGCAAGGAGCGGGAAGCCGCCGCCGCAGCGGCAGAGGCUGCGGAGGCCAGUGAGCAGAUAGUGUUCGAGGAAGAUGAUGGGAAGGCGCUCCUCAACCUCUUCUUCACGCUGAGGAAGUCCAAGACACCCGCGCUGUCGCGGACACUGAAGGUUUUCGAGACAUUUGAAGCUAAGAUUCACCAUUUGGAGACGCGGCCAUGCCGGAAGCUCCGGGAGAACCUGGAGGGCCUGGAGUACUUUGUCCGCUGUGAGGUGCACCUCUCCGACGUCAGCACUCUCAUCAGCUCCAUCAGGAGGAACGCGGAGGAUGUCAAAACCACCAAAGAAGUGAAAUUUCACUGGUUCCCAAAGAAAAUAGCCGAUUUGGACCGAUGUCAUCACCUGGUCACAAAAUUUGAUCCGGACUUAGAUCAAGACCAUCCCGGCUACACAGACUCUGCCUACAGACAGAGGAGGAAGAUGAUUGGUGACAUCGCCUACAGAUAUAGACAUGGGGAGUAUAUUCCCACAGUGGAGUACACAGAGGAGGAGAUUGGCACAUGGCGGGAAGUCUACGCAACCCUGAGAGACUUGUACACCACCCACGCCUGCAGUGAAUACCUGGAGGCCUUCCGCCUGCUGGAGAGGCAUUGUGGGUACAGUCCAGACAACAUCCCCCAGCUGGAAGACGUGUCACGCUUCCUCAAAGAGCGUACAGGGUUCCUGCUGCGUCCGGUGGCAGGUCUGCUCUCCGCCAGAGAUUUCCUGGCCAGUUUGGCGUUCCGGGUGUUCCAGUGCACCCAGUACAUCCGACACGGCUCCUCACCUAUGCACUCCCCAGAACCCGACUGUGUCCAUGAACUUUUGGGCCACGUCCCCAUGCUGGCCGACCGCACUUUUGCUCAGUUCUCACAGAACCUUGGUCUGGCAUCGCUCGGGGCUUCGGAUGAAGACAUUGAGAAACUGUCCACACUGUACUGGUUCACCGUGGAGUAUGGCUUAUGUAAGCAGAAUGGCGAGGUGAAGGCUUACGGCGCUGGACUACUCUCCUCCUAUGGAGAGCUCGUGCACUCUCUGUCUGAUGAACCAGAGACGAGGGAGUUCGAUCCAGAAUCUGCGGCCGUGCAGCCUUAUCAAGACCAGACGUACCAGCCAGUCUACUUUGUCUCUGAGAGCUUCUCAGAUGCCAAGGAGAAAUUCAGGACAUACGUGGCCGGGAUCAAGCGUCCCUUCUCGGUGAGGUUCGACCCCUUCACCAGCAGCAUCGAGGUCCUGGACAACCCGCUGAAGAUCCAGGGAGGCCUGGAGGGAGUGAAGGACGAGCUGAAGAUGCUGACGGACGCCCUCAGUGUGUUGUCAUGAUGACGCCCCCCUUUGUGUGUGUGACCACCACCGUACUCUGCGACGUCCGAUGUGUAAAAGACCAGUGUGUCCGUCUGUCUGUGCCGUGUGCCUCCCGUUUGUGACGCUGUCUCUGAUGAGCUGUUGCUUGUUGUGAGUAGCUGUUUGGCCGACGAGGUUGCAGCCAUUUUCUAAACCUCAACACAGGCGAGGGCGGCGUUUUUUCCCAAGAUGUCUAAAAGCCUCGCUGGGCCGUGUGGAUGUUUUGUGAAAUGAUGCCGUCGUUGUACCGACUUGGCCACUCGCGCUUUUAAAAGCAAAUUUGUGUUGUUUGAGAAUCAUGUCAAAAUUCGAAACCAAAAUGAAAGGGAACUGUGAUUAUGAAUGUAUUAAAACAAAUAAGUAUGGUAUAGUUAUUUUAAAAUCAAAUAAACAUAGCCGUAUAAUAAAGUGUAUAUUUAAAUCAAAUUUGUUUCUAUUUAGGAGAGAAAAAAAAAUCGAUCUCAGCUGUGAUUAAAGCUUUAUAUUCCAUACGUGAAUUCAGUAGUUGAGUAAACAUUUGCUGAUUUAUCUAGUUUCAUGUUGCUUUUGUCUUGCAGUGCAAAUGCAUCAUGGAAAUAAAUGAUGACACGCUUCAUGCUAUGAGAUGUUGAUUACCACUUCAGUAUAUAUAUUUAAAAAAAAUCUGUCAUAUAAUAAAUAAUCGCAAGUUAA